GACCCCAGGGCCUCCCCGACCCCCCCCCUGUGUGGUGCCCCCCCCAGCACCAUCGUGGUGGAGCCAGGGUGCUCGGCCACCCUGACCCCCCUUGGGGACAUCUGCAUCGAGGUGGGCUCGGGGACCCCCCGGCCCCUGGACCCCCAACUCGACCCCGUCCAGCUCUCCAUCUUCUCCCACCGCUUCAUGAGCAUUGCAGAGCAGAUGGGCCGCAUCCUGCAGCGCACGGCCAUCUCCACCAACAUCAAGGAGCGCCUGGACUUCUCCUGCGCCCUCUUCGGGCCGGACGGGGGGCUCGUGUCCAACGCCCCCCACAUCCCCGUGCACCUCGGGGCCAUGCAGGAGGCC